AUAAUUGACAACUGGAUUAAUCACAUCCAGAAUUUACAGAUACUUCUUAUGGUGCUGUGACUGAAGGAAGAAAGAAAGGAAGAAAUGUUUGUUUGGAAAACAGUACAUAUGUAAAAGAGAAAAAAAAAUAGGAGAACGCAUGAAGAAGUAAAUAUAUGCCCUAGUCUUUAAAGGAUGUAAAUUCUCAUUCUUUAAAUAUGUGGCCAGGUGAUGCUAAUAACCUGGAGAGGCAAAGUGGCACAAGCUGCUGCCAUUUAGCAGAAGUUGCUUAAAUGAACGUUAGGGACACCUGAGUCUCCUCUGAAUUACUAACACAUGUUAACUGGGUUAAAAACGUGGUUUUGUAAGAGUUUUGAGCAGUGAUAAGUAGGGGCAGGCACAACACUGGUGUGAAUAGAAGGUUGCUGCCAUGUUUGUGUGACAUAUAUAUCCCUCUGUGCGGCUGGGAAAAUUUGUUAAGGAUGAAGGAAUGGAGAGAAGUGAAGAGAAAGGAAAAUGCUGAGGGAGUAAUAUGUGGGAGGCUGUGGACUACUUGCUUCCAACAUAGGAACAGCGCUGGGUUGGGAAUCUGCACUCCGGAGAGAAUGCUGGGAAUCUGCAGAGGGCGACGGAAAUUCCUGGCUGCCUCUCUGACUGUUCUUUUUGUGCCAGCUGUUACGUGGCUUUAUCUGUUUGCUGGGAGUUUUGAAGAUGGGAAGCCAGUGUCGCUGUCUCCGCUUGAAUCCCAGCCCCACAGCCCUCGGUACACGGCGUCGAGCCAGCGGGAGCGUGAGAGCUUGGAGGUCCGCAUGCGGGAGGUGGAGGAGGAGAACCGUGUGCUGCGCAAGCAGCUCAGCCUGGCGCAGAGCCGCAGCCCCUCGCACCACCACGGCAAUCAUUCCAAAACCUACUCCAUGGAAGAAGGAACGGGCGACAGCGAGAGCCUGCGGGCUGGCAUUGUGGCAGGGAACAGCUCCGAGUGUGGGCAGCAACCAGCAGUGGAAAAAUGUGAGACCAUCCACGUUGCCAUUGUUUGUGCAGGGUACAAUGCCAGUCGGGAUGUUGUCACACUUGUCAAGUCUGUCUUAUUUCACAGACGAAACCCACUCCACUUUCACCUCAUCGCAGAUUCAAUUGCCAAACAGAUCCUGGCAACUCUGUUCCAGACAUGGAUGGUCCCUGCAGUGCGCAUAGACUUCUAUGAUGCAGAUGAGCUCAAGUCGGAAGUGUCUUGGAUCCCCAACAAACACUACUCUGGGAUUUAUGGGCUGAUGAAGUUGGUUCUGACUAAGACGCUACCUGCCAAUCUUGAGCGAGUCAUUGUCCUCGACACAGACAUAACAUUUGCCACUGACAUUGCUGAGCUGUGGGCCGUCUUCCACAAGUUCAAAGGACAGCAGGUUCUUGGCUUGGUGGAGAACCAGAGUGAUUGGUACUUGGGCAAUCUUUGGAAGAAUCACCGUCCCUGGCCAGCACUUGGGAGGGGCUACAACACAGGGGUUAUCUUGCUGCUUCUCGAUAAGUUAAGGAAGAUGAAAUGGGAGCAGAUGUGGAGACUCACGGCAGAGCGGGAGUUAAUGAGCAUGUUAUCCACUUCACUGGCUGACCAGGAUAUCUUCAAUGCAGUCAUCAAACAAAAUCCAUUCCUUGUCUACCAACUGCCAUGUUUCUGGAACGUGCAGCUAUCUGAUCACACCCGUUCAGAGCAGUGCUACAGAGACGUGUCUGACCUGAAGGUGAUUCACUGGAACUCACCCAAGAAGCUGCGAGUGAAAAACAAGCACGUGGAGUUCUUCCGCAACCUCUACCUGACAUUCCUGGAAUAUGAUGGGAAUUUGCUGAGACGGGAACUCUUUGGCUGCCCCAGUGAGACAGAUGUCAACAGUGAAAAUCUCCAGAAACAGCUGUCUGAGCUGGAUGAGGACGACUUAUGCUAUGAAUUUCGUCGAGAACGUUUCACCGUCCAUCGCACUCAUUUGUAUUUUCUACAUUAUGAAUACGAGCCUGCUUCAGACAAUACUGAUGUGACACUAGUGGCUCAACUUUCAAUGGACAGGCUCCAGAUGCUUGAAGCCAUCUGCAAACACUGGGAAGGUCCAAUCAGCUUGGCACUCUAUCUUUCUGAUGCAGAAGCUCAGCAAUUUCUGCGCUACGCCCAGGGCUCAGAAGUCCUUAUGAGCCGCCAUAAUGUUGGCUACCAUAUCGUGUACAAGGAGGGCCAGUUCUAUCCUGUGAACUUGCUGAGGAAUGUGGCCAUGAAGCAUAUCAGCACACCAUACAUGUUUCUGUCUGACAUUGACUUCUUACCCAUGUAUGGACUUUAUGAGUACCUCAGGAAGUCUGUCACCCAGCUAGACCUGGCUAACACCAAGAAAGCUCUGAUCGUACCUGCUUUUGAGACCCUCCGCUACCGCCUCUCCUUCCCUAAGUCAAAAGCAGAGCUGCUAUCUAUGUUGGACAUGGGAACCCUCUUCACAUUCAGGUACCACGUCUGGACGAAAGGGCACGCGCCAACAAACUUUGCCAAGUGGCGAACAGCCACCACUCCCUACCGCGUCGAGUGGGAAGCAGACUUCGAGCCAUACGUUGUCGUGAGGAAGGACUGCCCAGAGUAUGACAGGCGGUUUGUUGGAUUUGGCUGGAACAAAGUAGCUCACAUCAUGGAACUGGAUGCACAGGAGUACGAGUUCACGGUGCUGCCCAACGCCUACAUGAUCCACAUGCCACAUGCCCCCAGCUUCGACAUCACCAAGUUUCGCUCCAACAAGCAAUACCGCAUCUGUCUCAAGACCCUGAAGGAGGAGUUCCAGCAGGAUAUGUCACGCCACUACGGCUUUGCAGCCCUCAAAUAUCUCACGGCAGAGAACAACAGCUAGCAGAGCAGAGCCUGCGUGUGGGGAACAGGGGCACCGGAGGGAGGAGCCGCUCAGUCUUUGGGGCCAAGUCUUCAAACGUCAAACUGAGAAAUACUUUGUGUUUUUAUAUCAUAGGCAGCAGUUCUAACAGUAGAAAUUUGAAGUGACAUGUCUGCGGACUGUGCUCAUUUGUCCCUUCCCUAACUACUCCAGGCCUUUCAGCUUUAGCGUUUGAGAGGUGUCAGGGAGAGGGGCCAGCCAUGCGCCCACCCUGCCACCAGAGGAGAGGACUGGGCAGGGGCACUCUGCUGUCUUAAGUGCAGAGCAAAGACAGACCUUCGGAAUCUAGGACUUCACGUUGCUAUUUAAUAAUUUGACAUGCUUUUUAUCUGUAAAGGAAGAUCUUCGGGUCGCUGUCCUGUGAAUUUCAAAUCUGCACUACUCUAAAAGGGAACUCUGACCUGUGCACUUCCACAGGGGCCCUGUUAACAUGGAUGACCUUGUUUAUGCAGGAUGAGCCAAAGGUCUGAAUCAGCCUUGAAAAUGAAGGGGACGCUUAUACAAUACUACACUCCAGAGAAGGUGUUUCACUGGUUUAGGAGUGUACAUGAUAUUGGUUGGUCUUUUAUUCUCAACUUAGUUGUUUUAUCAGGAAAAGCCCCUGUACCCCACCCUGCCUUUUACCCAGUCCUAAAUGCUGCUCCUUUCCUUGCCAAGGAAAUGUCUCCCUUGUGUUUCUUUCCCAUCUUCAGUUCUGGUGGUCCAGUAAAGAAGAUCAGUAGCUCUGCCAGAAAGUGAACAAAACUUGUCAGUGUAAGGUCUGUUUUCACCAGAGCAACUUGUUUGUGUGUGUGUCUCGUAAAAUAAAGGGCCUGGCUGUAACUCUAUCUUUUUUAGGCAAGAGUUGGAUUUUGCCUGUAAGGCACUGUGUGGGGGAUACUGAUUUGUAGGCUCUUUACUUAAUCCAUGUCCAUCUAUAAAGGCAUUGGGCCUUGGGCUUUAAGAGGACUUCUUUGCUGAAGAGGGAAUAUAAACUUGGUGCUCUCCUGCUGCCUGCUGCAAGGUCUCAGAACUACUUCGUUAAAGGAGUUUAUAAUUAAAAGGAGCAAAACUGUCAGGAAUAAACUCCCCAUUCGAGGGGGAGAAAAGAAUGUGUUGGGAAUCUGAGUGUGAGUGUUUGCUUGAAUGUGGGCUGGUCAAGUUCACAGCUUCGGUACACACAGGAGCAUGCUGGAGGGCGAACAGGAAACCUAACAAGCAAAAUGCAGAAUACAAGACACUGGACUUUUUACCUUUUUCUUUAUUCUUCAGUAUUAAUGUUGUGUUUACAUGGGAUGAAGAGGUGAGGUUUAAUGCACUGCCCUCUUGCAGGGCUAUCUGUAAUUUCUAUUGCAGUGUUAAUAGAGAAAGCAGAAACAGCUCAGUGAUAAAUGCAUCGAUCUCCCUGCCCCAAAUCCCUGUGCAACCACACAUACCAAUACCACUGCCUGAGUUGGGAGAUGGAUCCACGUUGCGUUCUGCUCACUUCUUUUGUUUUUCAGCCACUGGACCUUCUACCUUCCUCCCCACCUCUUCCCUCUAGAGCUUGGUUUUAUUUCUAACCUGACAUUUCAUGAGAGCUGUCUGUUGUGGUGGAAACCAUGUGGUUCAACCAGACAUUUAAACUACAAAUAUCACUUCAUCAUGCUGUGUAUAUAUAAGAAAAGCCAAAAAAAGGCAACAUCUUUGACAAGAAAUAAAAAAGGGUAUAUAUAAGAAAAGCCAAAAAAGGCAACAUCUUUGACAAGAAAUAAAAAAGGGUAUAUAUAAGAAAAGCCAAAAAAGGCAACAUCUUUGACAAGAAAUAAAAAAGGGGCGGGAGGCUACGUGUAACUUUCACUUUUUUGCCCUGGGAGUGUUAACUGCCUAAGAAUACAUCACUGCAGACUUUUCCAAAGUGCUUUUCUUCUGUUCUUAAUGGCUUUAUGUAAAGAUUUACAUAAAAAGCUGUGAUGAGCUGGGAAGCAAUGAAAUGAGUGCUUGGUCAUGUCUAAAAUAUAUUCUUUUAAAAAACCCAAAAUCUUAACUCCCCAAGUCCUCUAUUACUCACCAUUAAGGGCUGAGGUCACUGUGCAUGUUGAUUAUGAGAAGAACCCUGCAGCACAGAGUUCUGUUGAUUAGCUAAUGUGUAGAAAGGGAUCAAAAGCUUGAUCCUAAGAGAGGUUAACACGGAUUGAACCUAUAUAGAAUCUCCAGUCGGUACUUCAGUGGCCACCAGUACCUUAUAUAUGUAUUAAAACCUUUGUGUUCAAGAUGUACAUUUCUCUCUAUCUUAAUGAUGUUGCUUAAGGAUGGAGUGGACUUCCCUGCAGCAGCAUAACCUGCAGCAUGGACCUCUACCUAGUCUGAACGUGUCACUGGCAACAUGAACAUUGUCCUUUCCUCGGUGGUCAUGCGAUACGGAUUGGGGAGCAGGGAGGUAAUUAUUUGCUACUUGCCUAUCUGUACAGUGAGUCAUGGGAUGUUCUGGACAGGCUUAGAUGUGCUGACUGGUGUGAUCAGAUCAAGGAUUGAUAGGAGGGUCAAAGAGCCCCUUUCCUUCCCCUCACUUGACUGACUUCUAUGUGUUACAUCAUGUUGUCUGUGUCUAUCAUUAUUUGGGAGUUGUGAGUCUUGGGUUUUUUAACAAAUUUCAGUCCGUUUACAUGGCAGCAAACCAGAAUUUACAUAACUGUCUGUAACUGCCAGCGCUCCUCCAACACGAUGAAGAAAACCACCACUGACAAGAAUGAAAAGCCCCAACUCAGUUAUAACACUGUCUUCCAGUCUUCUGCUGUAGUAGGUAUUUGCUAGGAAUUUUGUUACUUAAUUCUCAAUUUUCCCCUGAAAUAUCUGAGAAAUAUCAGAUGAACCUGGUGACAUAAAUGUCUUUGAUUUAUUGAUUUGUUCCACCAACUUCUCUCUUGAGCCUUCAGUCUAUGACUUCUCCUUAUCUUUGAUAUUUGGAAAGUGUGAGUCUCAUUUAGAUAUCACUCCAGCACCCUCUCUGGUGAAGACUGAUGCAAAUAAAUCAUUUAGAUUCUUGGCAAUGUC